AUGGAAAAUUUAUCUAUUCCUACGUUAAGAGUACUAUAUAAACAUUACGUGAACUGGGUCAGUGCACAUCCAGAACGAACAACAGAUCUAGAAGCUUCAAUAAAGUGGAUAUCAUACUUUUUAGCUGGUCGAAUCAACAACUCGACAUUACUAUCUGAGCUCAUAUAUUCCAUGUCCAACUUCAUGAUGUUAUUUAAUGAUCAAAUUAUACUAAGUACUGCCAAACCUAACUCUGUAACAGUCGACAAUAAAGGAAAGAAAAAAAUAUUUAGCUCCGAAAAUAUCAAGCGUUUCAUUACCACGGUGGAUUAUGUUGAAGUAUUUGUAGAAAUAUCUGCUAAAAAAUUAUGGGGCACCAAAGGACGAUGGAUUAUUAUUGUACUUUUGCAGACCGUAAAGUAA